AUGAGCUCACAUGCCGCUUCAUUCCAAGAUAUCCAAGAUAAAACGACGGUAGCACAGAGAUUUACAGCACCAACGCAGGAGCAACUGCAACCUCGACUUCCUACGAUUCUUCCUUUGCCAUACGUCAAUCCCAACAAUACCACAGUCGAUAUUCCUCGACAGAAACGCAGUAAAGCGAAACGAAGCUGCGAUCUCUGUCGAAAGCGCCGAAUCCGGUGCAAUGCAGAUACAGUGCAACCCUGCCAUGGCUGCAAAAGCGUCGGUGCCGACUGUUACUUUCGCACUGACGAACAAAAACAAACCCAGGCUCCUAUUGAAUCGUUCGAAGAUCGAGUAUCUCGUCUAGAAAACCUCAUCCAAGGGGUUCAGAGGGUACGCAGGUCACAAUCCCAGAGCUUGUUACAGCUGCAUCAGCAACAACAGCAGGAACAGCGAAAUAAAGAUGAUAAACAUGAACACUGUCAAAUCAGCAAUACAGCUACCAAAGCUACUAGUGACAGCAGUAAAUCAACGGUCGAAAAAGAACACUCCCAUUCGCUUGUGGCUGCCCUUUGUGGAGUCAAAGAUUUAAUUCCACUUGAUCCGACGGCAGAAAUGAUAGAGCACAUGAGCUUACUACAAUUAAGCAACUACGAGCAAACACGAUACAUUGGCAGCAGUUCCGGCAUCCAUAUGCUUAACCAAAGCAUCUUCAACGAUAACGCGGCACACCGGAUUGUAUACGACAAUUGUUCGGCUGCAUCAUGGAUUACUCAAAAAGUGAACCAUGAAAGUAACGAGCAUGUCUUUAUCAAGGCAGAGGAGUUGCGACAAAGCGCGCCACGGAUACCAAAAAGAUUGACUCUCCUCAAAGACAUCCCGCAUUUGACAGACGAGCUUGUUGAACUCAUGGUGCACUCCUACUUUGUGUACGUCCAACCAAACAUACCCAUUCUCAACAAACUCUCGUUCCUGGAGCAGUACUAUUUUCAAAACCCACACCCGCCAGAUCAGUAUCUGCUUGGUGCUGUAUGCGUAGUAGCAACCGACUUUUUGCAUUUUCAAGAUGAUUAUGUCGUCGGCACCAACUUUGAUCGAAAAACAAUCGCCAUUAUCAAGCAAGCCUUGCGGGACAAAGUCAUGAAGAUUAUGGAGGUUGUGUAUAGGCGUAGUCGAAUUAGUACGCUUCAAACUUUGGUACUGCUGGCACAUUUUGUUACCAUGUGUGACGAAAAUGAAGAAGAAGAUGAUUCUAUCCAUUGGAUUAUUACUGGAACGGCAAUUCGCAUGGCCCAAGAUCUUGGCUUACACAGGAGUAGUAGUAACUGGAAUUUGCCAGAAAGAGAGAUCGAACAUCGACGACGACUAUGGUAUUGCCUAUACGUGCUCGAUAAGUGGGUAGCUGCAGCACUCGGCCGACCCGUCGCCAUCGCUGACGAAGAAUUUGACGUUGAGCUUCCUUCUCCUUAUGAAAUCGACUCGGCUUACCAUUCAGUGAUUGCUAAAGAAUGCGAACUGAAAGGCCCCGUUCUAAUCGCUCAGGCUGAAGCAUGCAUACGAGAGAGACGAAACGAAUAUGCACCUUUUUUGAGCAUGAUCACGCUUUCUUGUAUUCUACGGCGAGUGCUAGUGCAACUCUAUUCCCCGAAAGCGCAUAACGCAUCUGAUGAACGGAGUAUGGAAGAGGUUGUCGACACCCUGGACAUGCAGCUCCACGCAUGGCGACUCAACCUUCCUUCGGAACUCCAGUUCAACCUUCGUGAGGCUCUUCAACCAAAUGGUGCUGGCGUUGUCCUUUAUAUUUUCUACAACUGCGUCAUGAUCCUCUUACAUCGACCAUUUAUUGCAGGCCCAGACGUUAAUGAAAAUAGCAUGCAUUCACUGCGGUCACAAAGCUCAUGUACGACUGCGGCUCUCAAUAUUAUUGAUGCUACAGAAACGUUGGUCAGUUGUGGGGCCCCAUGCCUUCCCCGAAGUUUCUUGGGAUACUCUGUUUUUCAAGCAGGCAUCAUUUUCAUUUUGAAUGCAGGCAGUGAAGACGAAAGUGUUCGCCGACAUGGUUGUAGAAACCUAGCGCGAUGUGCAGCUGUCUAUUCAUCCAAUGGUAUGCGUUUCCGAGUUGCACGCAUCCUCAACCAACUUUCAAAACGGUACACGGAUGAUGCCACUGCGACCAAGACUGUUAUGCAUAUAACUGCAAAGGGAGAGGAUAUCAAGAAUGAUCCAAGGACGAUGACCACGACUGUUACUUCUUCAACUGCUGCAAAACAGAGUGAUAAGAAACAUAAUCAAACGGUCACCGUUCCUAUGCUGAGCAGUACGAGCGCUGAAGCAUUUUUUGUCAGCUCCUUGCCCCGCGAAAUUGCCAUGUUCAACAAGUUACCGGAUAAUAAUGGUUUACCAAGGCCGUUGUUUCAGGAAUUGACUGUGAACGUCAGUCCGCCUGGACCAUUAGCAGAAGUUGCUUAUGUGAGCGCCAGCAGCAAGCCGACUCUUAUGUGUUUUUCCAAUGACACAAAUCCUAUGGGUGCACCACCACCACCACCACCACCACAACAACAACAACAACCGUCAUUAAACGAAAUGCCCUAUAUGGUAAAGUCGAGCAGCAAUGAUGUUGCGUAUGGUCUUUCUGGGCAUCAUCAUCUCAAUCAACAUCAUCCAUUGAACAGCAGCAUGACAACACAUAUGGCGGACAUGACCAGCACAUCAAGCGGCAUGGCUAUAGACGACGUUUUUAGACAGCAACAGGCGGCCAUGUCUUCAGCAAUCGACCUGUUGCCUAUUCAAAACCUUCCUGUCGGGACCUAUUGGACCCAAGAAGAAUGGGAUGCUUUCCUUGAAGAAAUUGGAUACCAAAGGCCGCUUUGA